GAAGUGGAAGAAAGCUCAGUUCAGCUGUCAUAUACCAACGAAGCUGCAGACAGCAAAAACCGUUGCGAAUAUAUUAAAUACCGUUUUUACGCGUUAUAUAUGGCUGGAAACGUGAAGAUAGUGAUUGUAGGAUGCGGAAUAUCAGGGAUAGCUGCGGCGCACAGACUCGUAAAACACGGUUUUCAGAAUGUGAGGAUACUUGAAGCGACUGCAAGAAGCGGAGGACGCAUCAAAACAGGCAGACUGGGUGAUAUUAUUAUUGAGAUUGGGGCAAAUUGGAUCCAUGGACCAUGCGAGGAGAACCCUGCGUUUUGUUUGGCCCGUCAGUAUGGCCUUCUGGAUCCAAAGGCUCUGACCCUAGAAAACCAAGGCGUAGAUGUCGGAGGACAUCCCCAAGGCCUUCCCAACUUCUUCAGCAGCUCAGGUCAGAAGCUGAAUGCCGAAGAUGUUUUUUCAGCUCAGGAAAUGUUUGCCGAGCUGUUGACUGAAUGUUCCGAGUUCCAGGGCCAAAAAGGAGAGCCCUGUGCCAGUGUGGGAGAUUUCAUCCGCAAAGAGGCGAAAAAACGAGUAGCAGAGAAAUGGAAAGAUAUCAACCCAGCCACCAGAUCUCUGCUAUUAUGUGUGAUUAGUAACAUGUUGAAGGCAGAGUGCUGUAUUAAUGGGGCCCACAGCAUGGAUGAGGUGGGUCUAGGGGCCUAUGGCCUAUACAAGAGUCUUCCUGGACUGGACUGUACAUUCCCAGGCGGCUAUGAAGGUCUAACUAAAAACUUGAUGUCAGAGCUCCCUGAUGGUUUAGUGACGUACAAUCAUCCUGUGCAAUGUGUCCACUGGAACGACGCAGAGAAGACAGAAAACUCUGUGACAGUUGAGUGUGAAAAUGGAGAAAGUGUCGUCGCAGAUCAUGUCAUUGUAACUGUACCUUUAGGUUACCUAAAGAAACACCAUUCAACCCUCUUCCAUCCUCCUCUUCCUCUACACAAGCUGCACUCCAUCCAGAGAAUUGGAUUUGGAACGAACAAUAAAAUAUUUGUGGAGUUUGAUGCACCGUGGUGGGAUCCUGACUGUGAGCUUAUUCAUCUGGUGUGGGAAGAUGAGGAUGCUAUGGUGGAUCAGAGCCCAGAUCUGCGGAGAUCCUGGAUAAGGAAGUUGUUUGGUUUCACCGUGCUCAAACCCACUGAAAGGUAUGGCCAUGUUCUGUGUGGAUGGAUAGCAGGACAUGAGUCAGAAUAUAUGGAAACACUGUCUGAACAAGAGAUCACACGUGAAAUCACACAACUGAUUCGCAGGUUUACAGGGAACCCCACUGUCACCCCACGGAGAAUCUUUCGCUCUCAGUGGUUUCAUGACCCCUGGACAUGUGGAUCCUACAGCCACCUCGCGACAGACUGCUCAGAGCAGGACCUGGACAAUAUGAUGGACCCCCUGCCCCCCAGGAGAUCAAAUGCACAACCUCUGCAGGUGUUGUUUGCUGGGGAGGCGACUCACCCCUGCUACUUCUCAACCGUCCACGGAGCUCUGCUCACGGGCUGGAGGGAAGCCGACAGACUCAUUUCUCACUACUCCUCAGUUAAUUCAUCCAAGCUGUCCAAGUCAAAGCUUUAAAAGAAACAAU